GUAUAGAUCAUUAAUGAGCAUUUUUUUUUCCUCGAAUAAUUCGAAUAAUUCUAAACAAUUUAACAUUUUAAAUGUCACUACAAAAAGAAUUGUUUAAAGGGAAGGGUGGUUUAGGUGGUAUUGGAGAUAGUGGUGGUAAUAGUGGUAACUAUUUACACAAUACCGCGUCUGUACAAGAAGACGAGGUUUUAGAAGAAAUAGACUACGAAGAAGAAAAUAAUAUCCUUGAAAGUUUGUCUACUACUUUUAUAAAACCGCGUCGUAAGAAAGAUUAUACACCGGUUUCUUGGGAUACAUGUUUUGAUAGUUGUAGAGAUAUUAAAAUACCAGAUUCCGAAGAUGUAUUUAAAGCAUAUGAGAUUCAUGGUACAUCGGAAAAUUGUCCUCUUUUUGUUUUUCAUCAUGGUGCUGCAUAUUCUGCUUUAUCAUUUGCUUUAUCAUGUUCGUAUAUUAAGCAAUUGAUGAAUGGUAGUUGUACAAUGUUUGCAUAUGAUUGUAGAGGGCAUGGAUAUACUAAGACAUCAGAUGAUAAUAAUUUAUCGUUGGAUAUAUUAAGUCAAGAUUUAGUUAAAGUGUUAAAAGCUGCUUAUGGAGAUGAUGUUAUAACAAGUCGAGAUAUAUUCUUGAUCGGACAUAGUAUGGGAGGGUGUGUUGUUGCAGAUGCAGCUUCAAAAGGAUUAAUUCCAUCUAUGACCUGUAUUGCUGUGAUAGAUGUUGUUGAGGGAUCAGCUCUAGAAGCAAUUUCAGGAAUGUUGGGAUUUUUGAGAACUAGACCGACUGAAUUUAGGUCAAUAGAAAAUGCAAUUCAAUGGAGCGUAAAAAGUUCUACUAUUCGAAAUGUAGAAUCAUCUAGAAUAACUUUACCAAGUAUACUAAUAGAAUCGAAACAAAAUGAUACUACCAAAUAUGUUUGGAGAACUGAUUUAGCUACAUCUCAACCAUAUUGGGAAGGAUGGUUUCUCGGACUAUCAGAAAAAUUCUUAUCAGCAAAAGCAGCAAAAUUUCUUAUACUGGCGGGUACUGAUAGAUUAGACAAACCUCUGACCAUUGCACAAAUGCAAGGUAAGUAUCAACUUCUUGUGUUACCUGAUGUAGGCCAUAUGGUCCAAGAAGAUGCUCCUGAUAGAACUGCCAAUGCUUUAGUUGAAUUUUGGAAAAGAAAUGAACGAUUAAUUUUACCUGUAAAGCAAGCCAUAUCUUGAAUUUCUUUAUAAGUAUUCAUUUUUGAUACCAAUAUAUUUCCUACAUUGAUAAUAUCUAAUAUAUAAAAAUCUUGAAAGUUUUUAUUAAUAAAAAAACUUAGAAAGAAUCAAUUUGUCAAAAUAAUCUAAUUUACUUAAUACCU